AUGAAGGCUGACGACGCCACUCCAGACCCUGCCGCGCUGCUGCUGCAGCGGCCAGAGCUAGGGGAUGUGGCACCUGGAAUGGGGGGAUUACUGGGUUUACCCUCUUUUAGGGGGUGUUGGAUGGAGGAGGAGGAGGAGGAGGAGGAGGAGGAAGGGGAGGGGGAUGAAGGGGGGAUUGAUAUGGGUGAUUUACUAGCGGGGUUGGGGGAGGGGGAUGAUGGGGAGGAAGGGGGGGAAAAGGAGGGGGGUGAUGGGGAGGAGGUAGAAGGAGAGGAGGAGGAAGGGGAGGAAAUGGGAGAGGGAGGGGGGCGAGUGGGAGAGGGAGGGGGGCGAGUGGGAGAGGGAGGGGGGCGAGUGGGAGAGGGAGGGGGGCGAGUGGGAGGAACUGAGUUGGCGUUGGGGGAGGAGGAGGGGGAGUGGGGUAAGGCGUUGGGAGACGAACUGGUGGAAAGAGAAACGGAAAAAGGGAGGCUAGAGGCACCAGGGGAGGAGGAUAGAGAGAGAAACGGUGCUGAGCGAUGUAAAGCGGCGGAGGGACGUGGGGCAGGAGACGUAGGAGGAAGGGGACUAGUAGGAGAAGGAGCAGGAGCGAGUGAUUUUGAGGGAGGAACGUACUCAGUGCAGCAGCAGAGGGAUGUGCGUUCAGAAAGGGAGAAGAUUCGGUCAGAAGAGAUUCAGUCCGUUACUUUGGAUAGCGAUGCUCGAGGUGCUGUAACGGGUACUUUGGCGUGUGAAAGUAGGGAGAGUGACACAAGGGAGAGUGACCAAGGGGAGAGAGGGGAUAAUGCUGACGCCUUGGAGGGGGUAACCGGUCACUCGGAGCGUCCGUUUCAGCAGCUUAACGAAUCGGAGAGGCGCCACUAUAACGAGGAUGAUGUGGAUAUGGAGGCAUUAGAGGAGCUGCUGCAGCUGUGUGCUGAUGAUGGCGAUGGUGGUGGUGGUGGUGGUGGUGGCGAUGAUUAUGAUGGUGGUCGUGGUGAUGAUAUUAGUUAUAGUCACAGGGAUGGACUCUCUUCUCAUGCGCCUCAAACGGGCGUUUCAGCCGAUCGUCAAAACGAGCCACUGGUAUCGGCACAGCAGAGACAGGCCAUGGCAGAGCGACGUACAGAUGCAUCUCGUGCUGGCAACCCCUCCUCUGCUCGUGCUGGCAACCCCUCCUCUGCUCCUGUGAGCGAUCCUUCCUUCGCUCCUGAGAGCGAUCCCAUACAAGCAGCCUCGAUAGCAGCAGAGCGGUCGCUGGCAGCAGUGGCGGGGAUAGCAGCGGAGUGUUUGGAGCGGGAGCUGAGUCGUUUCGAGGUGAACUGCCCGCCCGGUGGGGAGGAACUUGUGGUGGUUUAUGUGACUUCCCUUGAAGCCGUCAGGAAGACCCACGCUGACUGCGUGAAGAUGCGGGCACUCCUCAAGGUAAGAGGGUUGCAGUGGCGGGGGGAUAGCAGCGGAGUGCUUGCAGCGGGAGCUGAGUUGGUUUGUGGUGAUCUGCCCGCCUGGAGGGGAGCAGCUGGUGGUGGUUUAAAUGACGUCGCUAGAGGCGGUUAG